AUGGGUUGGAUUUUUGCAAAACCAUAUUAUCCACGAUUAAAACUCAUUGAUGCCACGGACCUGAAUGCCGAUCCAAUCGUCGUAUUCCAGCAUAAAAAUUAUGUAAUUUUGGCUUUAUCCACUGGUAUAAUCCUUCCUACCUGUAUCGCUGCUACUUGGGGUGACGCUCUCGGUGGUUUCCUGUACGCUGGCCUUGUCUGUCGUAUUUUGGUUUGGCAUGCUACCUUCUGUAUAAAUAGCUUUGCUCAUUGGGCUGGUGAUCAACUUUAUUCUAAUGAAAUAUCGGCACGUGGCAAUUUAUUGCUUGCUAUAAUGACUAAUGCUCCAGAUAAUGAAAUUCGAAAAGCUCGUUCAAACAUGAAAUUGCUUGAAGCUCAACGUGAACGUGAAGGAUGCGACUGGGGUGUCGAUUCGAAUACUCUUCCAAUCAUGACUUAUGAUGAAUUUAAAGAAAAAGUAAAAAAUGAAGGAAAAGAAUGGUUAUUAAUUGAUGAUCUUGUAUUAAAUGUUGAAAAUUUUAAACCUUCACAUCCUGGUGGAUCUAAGUUAUUAGAAUCUUAUUAUGGAAAAGAUGCUACAAGAGCUUUCCAUGGUGGGUUAAAUAAUCAUACAAAGGCUGCGAAAACUAUGUUGGCUAUGCUUAAG